AUGGCCCAGGGGCUGCCUGGCACCGGCAGCCUGGUGCUCUUCUGCCAGAAGCUGAACCGGCUGAAGCCACUGGAGGAGCCCACCAGAGAGACAUCGCCACAGCAUCGCAUGACCACACUGCAGCUGACCCUGCUGGCUGCGUGUGGCAUGGUGGGCAUGGGUAGCUAUCUACUCAGCGGCACCAUGGCCAAGGAGAUGGCCGGCCCUGCGUUGCUCGUGUCCUUUGGUGUGGCCGCCAUGGCUUCCUUGCUGGCAACCUUAUGCUAUGCGGAGUUUGCAGUGCGUGUGCCCUGUGCUGGAAUAUUCUACCUGUUCACCUACGUGUCCAUGGGUGAGCUGUGGGCCUUCCUCACCGGCUGGAAUGUGCUCUUUCAGUGCCUAAUUGGUGGCGCUGCCGUAGCCCGCGUCUGUAGCACCUACCUGGAUGCCAUCUUCAGCCAUCGCAUCCGCAGCUUCACUGUCACCCACGUGGGCAUCUGGCAGGUGCCCUUCCUCGCCCAGUACCCAGACUUCUUGGCUGCUGGCUUUGCACUUUUGGCCUCCUUAUUCAUCUCCUGUGGAGCCCGUGUCUCUUCCUGGCUCAACCACAUCUUCUCCGCCAUCAACCUGGUCAUCAUCCUCUUCAUCAUCAUCCUGGGGUUUGUCCUGGCCCGCCCGCACAACUGGAGCACUGAGGAGGGUGGCUUUGCACCCUUCGGCUUCCCCGGAAUCAUGGCUGGUGCCACCAGCUGUUUCUAUGCCUUCGAGGGCUUUGGUAUCAUUGUUGCGUCCAGCAAGGAGGCCCAGACACCAAAGCGAGCUGUACCUAUGGCCAUCACCAUCUCAGUUGGUGUAGUGGCAGGUGCCUACAUCCUUGUCUGCACUGUGCUCACCCUCAUGGUGCCCUGGCACAGCCUGGACCCUGACUCAGCAUUUGCAGAUGCCUUCUAUCAGCGGGGCUACAGCUGGGCGGGCUUCAUCGUGGCAACUGGCUCCAUCUGCACCAUGACCAUUGUCCUGCUCAGAAUUCUCCAUUUCCUGCCACACACGAUGUAUGCCAUGGCCAUCGACGGGCUCUUCUUCCAGGUGUUUGCCCACAUGCAGCCCCGGACCCAGGUGCCUAUGGUGGGCAUCUUGGUGUUUGGGGUCCUCACAGUUUUCCUGUCACUGCUGCUGGACCUCCAGGCACUCAUCCAGUUCCUGUCCAUCUGUGCACUGCUGGCUUAUACCUUCGUGGCCACCAGCAUUAUCAUUCUACGCUUCCAAAAGGCCCCUGCAUCCAGUUCUCAGGGCCCAGGCAGCCCUGUGGGCACAGAGCAGGACUCAGCUCCUGAGCCCGGGCAGCUGCGACCAGCCCUGAGACCCUACCUCGGCUUCCUGGGUGGGUGCAGUCCUGGAGCUGCCGUGGCUUGGGCCCUCGGUGUCCUGGUGGCCUCGGCCAUCACUCUGGACUGCGUGCUGGUCUUUGGGGACUCGGCCCUGCACCUCCCGCCCUGGGGCUACACCCUGCUGCUCCUGCUCAGCUCCGCCACAUUUCUGCUCAGUCUCCUUGUCCUGGGGGCCCACCAGCAACAGCGCCAGCAGGACACCUUUCAGGUUCCCAUGGUGCCCCUGACUCCCGCCUUGAGCAUCCUCCUCAACAUCUUCCUCAUGCUGCACCUGAGCUACCUGGCCUGGCUGAGCUUCUCCAUCUGGCAGCUGAUAGGACUCGCGGUGUAUUUUGGCUACGGCAUCAGGCACAGCAAGGAGAACCAGCGGGAGCAGAGAGGGUUGAUGGCCACACGCUACGUGGUGAUCCCCUGCUGCAGCUUGGAGGUGACGGUGCAGGCUGUGCAGCCCCCCAGUCAGGCACCAGCCCAGGAGCCAGCCCACACAGAGCAGCCUGCCAGACCAUGA